CUCGCUUUAUUACUUUCCUGUCCUGCCUCCUUCACCGCUCGUCGCUAGACGCCUUGUACAGCCAUCGCUGCUAUGAACUACUUGGUGGUCGCGCGAACGAAUACGAAACUUUCAACCUUUCUGGUUGACUUUCCGUUUUUGAUCCGGUGUUUGUGGUGAAUGUGGUCUGAAUGACUUGCCGAGUAGCGACCACGACAUGUGCUAGAGACGGAGCGAGCUGAUAAACCAUUUCGACGGCGUUCCAGGCUCCGGUGUGAACGACCUCAGCACCAUGAAUCCGAACAACAUCGCCGUUGGCCAAAAGUACGUCAAGCCAACGUACGUCGCUCAGGCAGGGCAGGCCAUCGGCGCUCACGAGUCCAAGGUGUCGCAGUUGCUGGAGCAGGGUCGCGUCCCCGACGAAGGCUGGGACGACUCCACCAUCGAGCUGCUCCUCCACCAGUUCUCCAUGAUGGACAGCAACAACUUCAUCGGCAACUCGGGCGUCGGUGAGCGCGAGGCUCGCAUCGCGUCGACGCUCGUCAGCCGACGUCACUACCGCAUGGGCCACGGCAUCGGCCGGUCGGGCGACAUCUGCGAGACGCAGCCCAAGGCUGCGGGUUCGAGUCUCAUGAACAAGCUGACCAACUCCAUGCUGCUUCACAUGCUUCAGGUGGCCGGCGCGACUUCCGCCAAGUCGUGCUUCAUCGUUCCCAUGGCGACCGGCAUGUGCCUGUCCCUGUGCAUGCUGACCUUCCGGAAGCAGCGCGGUCCGCGCGCCCGCUACGUCGUCUGGUCCAGGAUCGACCAGAAGUCGUGCUUCAAGUCGAUCCUCACGGCCGGAUUCGAACCGAUCGUCGUGGAGCUCCUGCAGGUCGGGGACGAGUUGCGGACCGACGUGGCGACCAUGAGGUCCAGGAUCGCCGAGCUGGGACCGGAGUCUGUCGCGUGCGUCCUCACUACCACGUCGUGCUUCGCGCCAAGAGCGCCCGACAGCCUAGAAGAGGUCGCCCGGCUCUGCGCAGAGUUCGACGUUCCGCACCUGGUAAACAACGCGUACGGAGUGCAGUGCACCAAGUGCAUGCACCUCAUCCAGCAGGCUUCGCGCGUCGGACGCCUCGACGCGUUCGUUCAGAGCACGGACAAAAACUUUCUGGUUCCCGUCGGGGGCGGAGUCGUCGCCGGGUUCGACCGGGCGCUCGUGGAUGCCAUCGCGCAGAUGUACCCGGGUCGCGCGUCAGCGGCGCCGACCAUGGACGUCUUCAUUACCCUGCUCUCGCUGGGCAUGUCCGGAUUCUUGAGGCUACGGGACGAACGGCGCGCCAUGUUCAAGUACCUUCAGGAGAGCCUCAGUAAGGUCGCCGAAAAACACGGCCAGAGGGUUCUCAAGACUCCCAACAACCGAAUCUCCAUGGCCAUGACUGUUCCGGCUGCUGAUGCAGACGCUGUGACAGGCGUCGGGGCGAUGCUUUUCACCCGUCUCGUCUCUGGGGCGAGGGCCGUGCCCACGGACCGAACUGAACCAAAGAAAGUGGGCGACUGGACCUUCCGGAAUUGGGGUUCCCACUCCAACAACUAUCCGUCGUCCUACCUGACAGCCGCGUCCGCCCUGGGCCUAGAGAAGGAAGAGGUAGACGUGUUUGUGCGGAAGCUAGACAAGGUGCUGAUGAAGGCAUUCGCUGGCCCCAAGGGUGAAUCUAAUGGUCCCGAAGUGUGACAUUGUUUCCACUGGAACAGGUUACAAUGUAUCAAGAACGUUUACUGCAACAAAAGCUCAACACCAAUGGAAUUUUCGUGAUUGCCUUCCAGCUUUACCAUUGUUCUCAUGACCGUUCAAGUGUCAUGACAAAACUUGACUGAUACAAUAUAGACUUCUGACAAAGUCCACGCCAAAUGUGGCAACACUUUUUGCUUCAUUGGCAUAGUCCUUCUCGGAAGUGCCCUCAAGAAUUUCAGCUGCAGUGAACCUUGGCAUUGAUGGCAUUUCCUAUGUUUACGCGGGCCAACUUCAAGGACUCUCAUGCUUUCAGUCAAGCCCUGUGUGGACAUUAAAACCAGAAAACUUGCCAUGUGCUAAACUUUUGGCAAAGUGCAGUCUCUCUCAUCGAGAGAUUGAACGACCACUAGUUCCACGGUCGGAACAUUCAGGGAACAAUGGUCAUUUCAUAUUCAAGUGUUGCUUGGGUUGCUUUCUACGAUAGUGCGUAGCAUGGAACCACACUGCAUUUCCACCAUUGCGCUGAUGUAGCCCAAAACCAAAAAUUUCUGUUCUCUAGUCGCCUCAAUCUAUAUUGUGGAAGUUACAGAAAAGAGAGUGUUCAAGAUGCAUUUACCUUCGCUUGCUUGUGAUAGCUCAUUUACGGAGCCACAUUGUGUUUUGCUGUCAAUCACUCGGGGAGUAUUUUAAAAUCCUUCAAAGCCACAAUGCCUCGCAGGUCUGUUGGUGUCUCUCGAUUAAUUGUUCUUUUCCUUGACCUCAGCUGAGUUUGUCUAGUGGUGUCUAAUAUUAUUACAUCUGUUAUAAAUUUAUACCUGUUUGUUCUAUUCAGUAAAUAAAAUUAAUUGAAAAAGUAUAGCCAGGGAAAAA